CAGAUCUCAGGUUAAGAAGUACUAAGAAGAAGAGAGAAGAAGGGAGGAAAAAAAGAUGGAGAAAACGGCAGUGCAAGUGCAAGGCAAAUCUUGGGCGGACGUCAUCAGAAAUCCUGUUCCGACUAUCGUCAAAGAGCUGGAAGAACGCGGUUCUGAGAAUCUGACCGGGUUUGGGAAACCUACUGGUUCUGGGAAUGUAACUUCUUCUGAGACUGGCUCUGGGAAUCCAACUGGUUCUGCAACGGAUGAUGCUGAGGUGUGCAAGGGACGUCCUUGGUCCCAGAACCAGUCAAUGGCAUCUACCGAUGACAAGGAAGGGAGGGGCGUCGCUUCCUGUAGAUUCCCUACAGCCAGAUGUAAGGAAGGUAAUGACGAGGACAGAAGGCACAGCAACUGGAACGUCAAUACUGAUCAGAACGAUAGUGAGAAGAAGGCGAAGGAAAAGGCUGGCAAAGGGAGAUCCAAGAAGGUGGGAUUGGAAGAAAAGAGCCGAAGCGCCAGCUGUUCUUUCCGCUCCUCUGGGAAGGGCACUCUAGAUGCUGCUGCUUUUUCGCCCCGUUCCCCGGCUGAGGAAACAAUUGCACAGCGAUCACAAACGGGGGCACGGUGGCCUAAUCUGCCUAAGUAUUGGGCGGAUAUUGCCCCACAUGGUGGUGAUAUGUUGAGGCCCGCGGAAGGGGAUGGUGUAGCUUCUUGUAGAUUCCCUAGGGCGAGAUAUAACAAAACUAAUGACCAGAACCGCAGUCACAACAACCAGAGCUUCAACAGUGAUGAGAACGGCAGUGGGAACCAGAAGAAGACAAAGGCUGGCAGCUCCAAGACGUUGCAAGUGGAAGAAAAGACGCGCAGCACCUGCUUGUCUUCCCGAUCCUCUGGGAAGGGCACCGCAGAUGCUGCUGCUUCUUCGUCUUGUUCGCUGGCUGAGGAAAGAACCAUGUCACGGCGGUCUGAAAUGGGUGCGCGGCGGCUCAACGUGGCCACGUGUUUGGCCGAUAUUACCCCACCUGCUGAUGAUACUUUGAGGCUCUCGAAUACUGCGAAGGGAGCACGGACAGAAUGGCUCACAUCGUCACAAGCUGCACCCUGCACUCGAUACUUUGACGCCACGUGUUUGGCUGAUAUUACCCCACCUGAUGAUGAUAUUUUGAGGCCCUCGAAUACUGCGUUGCCAAGGGACAAUGUUGGUGGUGGCAGCAGCAGAGUGCAGUCUCUUGAAUGUCAGUCUAACACACGAAGAGGAGAAGGCACAGCGAGUACCACAAAAAGGAAAGACCAAGAUGCAGUUUUCAAAAGAUCGGUGGCAGAAGCUCAAAAGAGCCCUCUGGAUGCACAUAGACUGGUGAAAUGUCUCUCUUGUGGAAAAACCUUUAAAGGAUAUGGGUCACUGCAAAACCAUUUGUUCAGCAAACAUGACGGUUACAAUUCCUUGAGUCGGAGAGCAGCUGAAGCAAAGCUUCUCCAAGACCUGCCUGAGAUGACCCUGAUGCUCUUCAAGGGUCCGGCUAAACACUAGGAUGUCAUCUAGGUAAACUACAACAAAUCUGUCUAACCACG